GACAGGUGACAGGUGUGAAGCUGUACGGUGGACAUAUUCGUGAUAUCAGUCCAUUCUGAUGUGUUAAGUAUUGACUCUGACUUCACCACAGCUGUGACACAGCAAUUGGACCCUGUGAUAUGUAAAUAUCGUUUAAAAUCACCACGCCUCCAAAACAUAAUAAUGGCUCAAAGCAAAGAGGAAACGGAAGUAAUGUUGCAAUACAACGUCGGAGAUAAUUCGACCCGUAACUCCACCAACGCAAUGGCGGCCCCCAAACCAUCGGAAUCAAAUGCUGUUUUGAAGUCGGUCAGCUUGGUGUUGCUGACCCUACAGAAUGCAGCUCUUAUAUUGGUCAUGCGUUAUGUUCGGAUUCGACAGGGAGAUAUGUUUAUGGCGACCACGGCUGUCAUCAUCUCUGAAGCUCUGAAGUGCCUAACAUGCUUGAUCAUCGUGUUUUGCGAGGAAAAGUUCAGUGUAAAGAAUUGGAUGAAACAUUUGUAUGACAAUAUAUUCAGUCAACCAAUGGACUGUAUUAAUGUAUCAGUACCCUCACUGAUCUACGUCCUACAAAACAACCUCUUAUAUGUGGCUGUGUCCAACUUAGAUGCUGCAACAUUCCAGGUUACCUAUCAGCUGAAAAUCUUAACAACAGCCCUGUUCUCUGUGGCCAUGCUGAAGAAACAACUGAGUCGGUUCCAGUGGGUGUCUCUAGUUGUGCUAUUUAUUGGGGUAGCAAUAGUACAGACACAACCAGACAACACAUCAUCCAAGACAGCGACCACAGGAUCUACAGCGGUAGAUCAGAAUCCAACCCUCGGACUUGUCGCCGUCAUCAUUUCCUGUUUAAUGUCAGGGUUUGCAGGUGUUUACUUUGAGAAGAUUCUCAAGGGAACGAAGCAGUCUGUAUGGAUACGAAAUGUACAGCUUGGGUCUUUAGGUGUUGUCAUUGGAUUUAUUGCCAUGUACUUCAAAGAUGGAGAAAAGGUAGCCGAUAAAGGUUUCUUUUUUGGGUACGACAUCAUUGUUUUCAUUGUCAUCUUCAUUCAAGCCUUUGGUGGCUUGCUUGUGGCAGUAGUGGUGAAAUAUGCUGACAAUAUUCUGAAAGGGUUUGCCACGUCAGCUGCCAUCAUCAUCUCGUGUCUAAUGUCUGUGUUGUUUUUUGAUUUCCAUAUCUCUGUCCAGUUUGCAUUUGGAGCAUCUUUAGUGAUGGCAUCUAUUUACAUGUACAGCAAAUUUGUACCAGCACCUUCCACUAAAGUAACAAGUGCUUAGGUUAUUGUCUCUGUCCUAGAAAUCAUCUUCUAUGACUCUAAGUUUGCAUAGCUUGAGUUUUUUCUAGUCCCAACACCAGACAUUUUGAUGAUGUGGGGGCCAGAGAAAACUC